GUUGGUGCUAGAUCUGUCUUUAUCCACUCUAAGGAAUUACUUGGACAUGUGUAGCAAUAAUUAUUAUAAGAGGGCAAUACAAUUGCUCAAAUCAAAUCAAUACUAAAGGCGACCAAUUAGAGAUCUGAAGCAUGAGGCAUCAUUAUGAGAUCUACGACACAGAGAAGGAAAUUACACAGAUGGCUACACCAGGAAGCGGCCAACGAGGAACUGAAAACACAAACAUGGAGAUUUAAAAACUGUGUUUGAGUGUCACGGCAAAACUUCCUGAUUUUGUACAGCAUCAUACUUAUAUGGUUGCAUGAAAAAGGACACCAAUAUAUCAAAUCUAUGAAUGUAAAUAAAAUAGAGGACAAUGCCUUUCAUUUUUGUGUUCAUUCUUUUUGGAUUAGCAUGGCAUAUUCAAGGUGAACAAUUGGAUAUAUAUUCUAAGUUUAAUGACGGUGAUGUGAUAUUUACGUGGAACAAUGUUUCUUCAACCUACCAUGUAUUUAAUCGGAACACAACAGGAAACAAAUUGAUCCGAGGUUAUAAUAAAACUAUAAAUUCAACAGAAUAUACUGUUCGAAAAGCCCUGCUGUACGAUUCCAUCUAUAUUAAGGUCAAUGUACCUGGAAAGGAUGAUUUUUACAACAUCACAUACGAAGUGACCAAAGUAAAAAGCCUAAUUGGGAAAGCAGUUAAUGUGUCAUGGACAGCUUCGUAUUUCCCAAAGAGCGGGAUAUAUGACGUGUAUCACAGCAAGAAAAACAAAAAAAUUUUCCAAAUAAGAAGCAAUGGUGAAAAUAUGAGUUUGACAAAGUAUAUUUAUAAUACUAGGCCUUAUUCUUCUGAAAAUAUUUCCUUUGAGAUAACAAACAUAACAAUGGAUGAUGCUGGAUAUUAUAAUGGCGGAGAACACCUUACAGCAGCGGGGUCAGGCGGAGGCGUUGUUCUAAUAGUUAAAGGCAAACCUUCAAAGCCAGACAUAAUAGGAGACCGUAACGUUGAAGAAAAUGAAUACGUAGAACUGACGUGUUUCAGUCAAUCCACCUCUGCCCCUGACUACUACUCCAAGCUCCUCACCUUGUCGUACACCUGGUUUGUCAACGACACAAAGAUAAAUAUCACCAGUCGUACACUAAUUUUAAAUGUAACUAAAGAUCUCAAGUACAACAGGUACUCGUGCACAGCGACAGAAAAAGACUUAACGUCAGAUAAGAGUGAUGGAGUACGAAUCAACCCUCUGUAUGGACCAGAUGGUAUAACAUUUGAUACACUUCAAACUGAUACAGUUAUUGGAAAGGAAUGCGCAAAAGUUGGUCCAUACAGAUGUAUCGUCGACUGUAACCCGUCUUGUGAAAUAACAUGGAAACGUACCCACUUAAGUGGACAAAUUGAUGUGAUAUCAAACAAAAGCCAUUUGCCACGACAGCAAUUGAAAAAAGACAUGACAUCGCUUAUUUGUGAAGUUAAAUGGAAUUAUCAAACCCCAAUACAAAAAACUAUUAGAUUAGACGUUCAAUCCUAG